UUCCGCUUCCGGUGUCCCCUACAGUCAUGGCUGCCGCCGUUGCUGCUGCCGGUGCCGGGGAACCCCAGUCCCCGGACGAAUUGCUCCCGAAAGGCGACGCGGAGAAGCCUGAGGAGGAGCUGGAGGAGGACGACGAUGAGGAGCUAGAUGAGACCCUGUCGGAGAGACUAUGGGGCCUGACGGAGAUGUUUCCGGAGAGGGUCCGGUCCGCGGCCGGAGCCACUUUUGAUCUUUCCCUCUUUGUGGCUCAAAAAAUGUACAGGUUUUCCCGGGCAGCCUUGUGGAUUGGGACCACUUCCUUUAUGAUCCUGGUUCUUCCCGUUGUCUUUGAGACUGAGAAGUUGCAAAUGGAGCAACAGCAGCAACUGCAGCAGCGGCAGAUACUUCUAGGGCCUAACACAGGGCUCUCAGGAGGAAUGCCAGGGGCUCUACCCUCACUUCCUGGAAAGAUCUAGAUUGUUACUGCUGUUUGAGCUGUCUCGGUGGGAUAAGUUUGAAAUUCAAGUGUUUGAACUGCUGAUUAUUUGGAUUUUUUUUUUUUAAACUUUGGCACAUUUAUCUAUCUAAACCUGGUGGGGAGAAUUCUCCUCACAUUGUCUCAUGGAAAGACUCAACUUGCAACUGUGCCCUCCACACUAUCCUUACUUCUGUCUUCACUCUGAUACCAGAGUGCAGCCAUGCAGACGGUUAUUCCUGCUCUGGCCACCUUACUCCUUUCACCAAAUUGCUCCUAACUAGAAGAUGUCACUUUCCCCUUGUGGGUAGGAAUCGAUGCCAGUGGGAGGGAUGUGCCCCUGACCAUUAACGACUGCCUUUUUUAUUUUUAUUUUUUUUAAAGAAUGGAGCUGUUGGGGAGGGACAUGCACGCAAUGUGAAAGACAAAAUGCAUUACACCUGUAGUGUAAAGCAGCCACUAUGAAUCCCUAUGUAUGAGAGGAGGGAGGCUGGCUGCAGCUUCAGCCACAGAAUGGGGACUGUGGAAGACAGAUCAGGAGUUCAUUUCCCCUGCACAGUUUGGUUGUUAGACCUGUGUGUGUGUUUAAAAAAACAGAAGUCAGUGCUCACUUUUUGUAUUUAAAUAUUAAAAAUGAUUCCAACUGAAA